AUGUCGUCAGAAGCAGCAACAAUUACAGAAUCAUCCAAUUCAAAUGAAGCCGAUGGAGGCGAAAAGCCGGAUAGUAUUUCGUCCUAUGAUCAUGUUAAAACCUUAGAUCAACUGGACGUAAAAAAAGCCGCAUUAACAUUAUUUGAAGCGUUCCGUACCGACGCUUUAGCGAAGCAUCUUACUUCGCAUAUUGACGACACUGGUAUUAGAGAUGAAAUUGAAUUAAGUCUUUAUGAGUGUUAUGUCUCUCAACAUAUUCUGAAAGGUUUAUGUCUUGGUAUUAACGAAGGUGACGAUAGAUUUGAAACAGUUGCUGUUUGGUCUCUUCCUCACUCUGAACAUGCUGGUUUGGAAUCUUUCAACACUCUUAUGGAAUCUGGAUUCUAUAAGGUUUGGUUUGUUUGUGAUCCAGUUGCAAGAGAAAAGAUUUUCCAAGGAAUGAUGAAUCUUUUAGAGGAUACAUUUGAGCGUAUCAUGAGUACAGAUUCUCGCUUCAAGGGUAAGAAUGUGUACACGCUUGUGUACUUGGGAUCAACCAAAGCUGCUAGAGGUAAAGGUAAUGCUCGUCGUAUGUUUAACUACAUGUUUGAAAAUUAUCUUGAUAAAACUAGUAAUAAUAUUGGUUAUUUGGAGUCUUCAUCAGCUACUAAUAUCCCAAUUUAUGAAAAGUUUGGAUUCAAAUUUUAUGAAGACAUUUGUCUUGGUAACAAAGCAGAAGGUGUUGAAGGUAAGGAUUAUGCAGUUAUGAAUGUCAUGGUUAGAGAUUCAUAUGCACAUGAUUGGACAAAGGAUGAAAAUUUGCACGUUUCGAAGGGCAAGUUGUAG